CUGGGUGUGUUUGGUCUCCGCCAUUUGUCAAGGAAGUGUUUACUUUUGUUUUGUUGCAAAACCAUAGCAACUGUUAAGUAAAACUGGCGGUGUAGAUGUGUGAAGCGGUUAGUUGUUGGCUAGGUCUGUAGGUGUUGAUUGACUGCGUAAGAAUUUUUUUUUUCGAUUGUGACUAUUAAAAUGGAUUUACGGCUGUUUACGAUUUGGGUCGGUUUCUUCUCUGUUGUUUAUGCUCAGCGGACACCUACAAUAUCAUACAUAUCACAAGAACAAAUCAAAGACAUUGGUGGCACUGUGGAACUUGAAUGCUCAGUACAGUAUGCCCAGGACUAUCCUGUGCUAUGGAUGAAAGUGGAUCGUAAUAGGCAAGUUGAUCCCUUACCUAUAUCAACUGGAAGUUCGUUGAUUAUUCGUGACAGCCGAUUUGCUUUGCGGUAUGAUACAGCCAGUUCAACAUACACCUUACAGAUAAAGGACAUUCAAGAGACUGAUGCUGGUUUUUACCAGUGCCAAGUGAUCAUUGGUUUGAACAACAAAAUAACAGCAGAAGUAGAUCUUCAAGUCCGCCGUCCACCUGUAAUUUCAGACAACUCUACGCGCUCAUUAGUUGUAAGUGAGGGACAGGCUGUAAGACUUGAAUGUUAUGCUGGAGGCUAUCCUGCACCCCGUGUUUCUUGGCGUCGUGAGAAUAAUGCUAUCCUUCCUACUGGAGGUUCUAUAUAUAGAGGGAAUGUCUUGAAGAUUUCCAGGAUUGGGAAAGAAGAUAGAGGUACUUAUUAUUGUGUGGCAGAAAAUGGCGUUGGCAAAGGAGCACGGCGCAACAUAGCUGUUGAAGUGGAGUUUCCACCUGUGAUAACAGUACCAAGACCUCGUCUUGGGCAGGCUUUGCAGUAUGACAUGGACUUGGAAUGCCAUGUUGAGGCUUACCCACCCCCUGCCAUUACAUGGUUGAAAGAUGAAACUGUCCUUUCGAACAACCAGCAUUACAGCAUCUCACAUUUUGCAACAGCUGAUGAAUUUACUGAUACAACACUUCGUGUGAUAACAAUUGAGAAACGGCAGUAUGGCAAGUACCAAUGCAAGGCAGCCAACAAACUGGGUGAAGCUCGGGAAGAAGUGGAGUUGUUUGAAACCAUUAUCCCUGUUUGUCCCCCUGCCUGUGGUCAAGCAUAUGGAGGAGAUGCAGCAGAAAUAUCAACUAGCAUGGCUCUCAUUCUCAUCUCAACUAUUAUAGUUGCAUUGCAUCGAAACCUCAACACCAAACAUUAAUUUUCGUUUUGUUGUGUGGCCAAAUGAAGGCAGCUAUAUUCUUUUGGAUCUUACACUGUUAGUCUUUCUGUGGAUGGCAGUGCUUUGCAGAUUAUCUGACAUAUAAAUAUAAGUUGUGGGCAUUGAUCACACAGAGGCUAAAGGAGUUUCUGCUCAUAACAUUCCACAUGAAAUGAAUAACAUAUAAAAACAAGACUUUAGAGGAACUAUUUAUUUUCGUAUGGUACAUAUAAGUGUCUCCAUUGUACAAUAAGAUUCUAAAUUUGUUUUGGGGCAUGUCACAGUUACUGUAUUUCUUUAAUGUUUUGUUUGGUAUCUGUACCAAGCAGACAAUUGGCUUUUUUCUGGAAAUAUGUUGACUGUGUCAUUUUGAAAGUAUUAUGGAAUAUUGUGUGACUUGAUAGCUUUACUCAGGCACAACAUGUGUAGUGGUACAAAAAUAUGUUUCUUUGAUGUGCUAUGUGGUAGAAUUGUGAGAGUGAGAUUUUCUUUGAGAACAUUACAUUCCUUUUGAAAUGCUGCUGCAGCAGCUUUUAAUUUUUUUAUAUCUAAUGGGCAGCUAAGUUUUUACUUAAUAGCAUUACUCAUGGCAUGUAAAGUUUUUGCAUUAUUGCCUUUUGUGGUGAUUCAUUACUGUGUAUGAUAUUCGUAACUUUUGUACUAAUGUAAAUAUUAGCUAAUCGUACUCUUCCUUGUAAAAUUUUUGUUUACAAGAGUCCAGUCCGUUGUGCAGGCUGCAGUAAAGAUUGUAAACAUAUAUUUUAGUCAGAUGUAACCCUUUGAAUUCUGUAGAAAAGUGGUUCUAAAGCUUAUAACUUCAUAAAAAGUUAAAUCAUCAAACAGGUGGAGUAGAAAGCUGUGGGUAUUGCAUAACACAGUAAAUGGUAUUACCCAUUUUUGUAAGUUUAAUUUAAUUAAGUCUUUCUUAAGAUCUGAGCAGUAAUAAGACUGAUAUGGAAGCUGUUUCGAAAACAAAGUAAUAAACUCAAAAUAUUAAAACCAACCAUUGUUUUUAAUCUUUGGCAUUUGCAGAUAUGUGUUUGUGUGUUGGAGAUAUGUCUUUGCUACAGUUAAAUAUGUCAUAUUCUAAACUUUCUCUUACUUUUAGUUUCUCAAAUCACAACAUUUUGGUAUACCAAUUUUACUAUAUUACCCAGUAUUUCUUGCUAUCACAUACACACAGUUUAAGCCUUUAAUACUAGCUGCUGUUUUGUCAUUUAGAUUGAAUAGCUAAUAAACAGAUCGUAAAAUACUCAGAAUCGUGUACCCACUGAUAUUCAUCCGAUUAGCAUUUGCACGUUUUUUGUGUGGUUGACCUGCACCAUGAUAUGCUUACUUGUGUGGGUAUUUUCACUUUGUAAUGUAUCUUUGUAGUACUUCUGCAAUAUUUAUGUAGUAACAACAGUAUAGGUGUCUUUCCUUUGUGUUUAUAUUUAAUUUGUUUGUGUACAUAUCAUUUUUGUAACUUGCUUACAAGUUGGUUGUGGCUAUUGUAAACUUUGGCUUUCAUUCAUAAAUUGAUUUAAUUUUGGUCAUAAAUUUCUUAUUGUACAGUUAUUACAAGUACCUGCAGCCAAAAAUCAUUAGGAAUUGUAUAAUUUCAGAGGCAGACGAUUGUAAAAGACAAACAUUCCAAUACGUAAAAGUAACACCGGAAUAAAUUUUAUAUGCUUUUUCAGUUUUUCUGUAUUAAAACAGUAGAUACCUCAAAAUAUUAAAGUAGGAUUUUUAAAAAUAAAGAUGUGUCUUAUUAGAUUUCAAAUGAGACACUUUUGAUUAUAUUCAGAGAACAACCUUCCUUACUCUUCAUUUGUGUAACAGAACUUUCACUAAAAUGUGUUACAGCGUAAGAACAUUCACACCACGUGCAUAAAAGUGGUACAGUUGCUAUGUUUCACUUCAAAAUCAGUAAUAAAUCAGCCUAGUGCUUGUGAAUGUGAGCAGUGAAACUUAGAUUCUCAGAUUGUGAGGACAUUUGGUAACUUACCAUGACAAAAUGUAUAAUUUUUUUUUUUUUAAAUACGUGAAACGAUAUGGUAAAGUUUUAAGAUACAGCAUCAAUUUCUGUGGACUACAGAUAACACUAAUUAGAUAAUGUUGCUGGAAAAGAAAUUCUCAAAAAAUAAAUGUUUCACAAAAAGCAGCAACACUUAUAUUUUAUGCCCACAAGAACAACAUAUAGUAACCAACACAUAAACUGCUUACAUUACAAGAUGUGUGUUUUGGAGCUUUACCUACCGUUUCUACACAUGAGCUGUUAACUCUGAUGAUACCUGUAGAAUGCAUUGAAUUUACAGUUAAAUGAAUUGCAGAGAUUUUUCAGCAAUAUGUAUUCAUAGUAUGGUAUUGUAUGUGUAAGGGUUACAGUUAUUGUCAAAAUUUUAGGUUUUCCCAUAAUAAUACUUUUAAAGCAGAUACAUUUGGCUGCAUAUGAACUUUAUUUCUUUUCUCUAGACUUCAGCCAGAAUAAAUCUCUAGAUUUUGUACUUAAUACAAGAGCAUUGGCUGCAAAACUGUCAAAUAUACAUGUAAAGAAUCUUUUACAUUUUUGUAAACUUUCAAAAAAAUUCAAACUGUUUUACUGAUGUGCGCUGUCUGCUACAGAGGUUUUUAUUUUAUUAUUUGCUACAUAUUCACCUGUGUUUCAUGUGUUAAUUUUUGCAUCAGAGACAAAGGAGAUAAAAUAUACAAUAUAUUGUUUAUGUGGAUCAUAACAUUUUCCAGAUAAGACUGGAUGUCACAAGGAGGAAAAUUAUUGCUGUUAAGUUUGCUUGAUAAAUGUAGUUUGCUUCAAAAUGUGUUAUGGGAUAACUGUGAAAGGAAGCGUAAAUACGCAUUCGUAAAUACAGACUCUUCUAACCCCUCCCCUCUAUCUUUCAUAGAUACAUGAAAAUAAGAGAAAAUGAUUAAAAUGUAAAUUAGUACAUGAAAAACGAGAUCUUUUCCUCCUCCUCCUACUCCUACUUCUUCUACUUCUCAGGUGAUCUCUUGAAGCCAUAUAGAAAAUCACUGCAGCUUGUUUAUCAAAAUUAAAUGUUGUUUGUAGCUAGGAUUUUCUUUUUUCAAAAUAUAAGAAAAUAUGCAUUUGUAAUGAAGUACAAUGUGUAUUACAUAAGUAUUAACAUGCAAAUUGAAAAUUUGCCUUGUUGCUCAUUGAGUACUGUGAUGCCCAAAAAUUAAUAUUGGCAGCUGAUUGCCAUCUUUUUUUACAGUUGUUACUGCCUCAAAGGCAUAUGAUAUCCAGUUUAUAUUUUCAUAAUGCCAAUAACUAGAUCUGUCAUUAUUUUUGUACUUUUAUACAGAAAUUUCAACAGUCUUUGUUAUAUUGAUCCAAAGAAUUUCCUUGAAAUGAAAUGUAGUUUUUUUGUUGAAAUGUGAAAUAAAGAGCACAAU